GAUGGAAUGGUGUUGAACGCUGGAAUGGGAAUGCCAUUGUUUAGAGAGAGCAGGAAUGGUAAUAUGGUAUGCGUGAAUGGCCUUAAUUCGGAUCAUCCGAUGGCCAGUAACAAUAUUUCGGAUGGAAGUGAUGCUAUCAGCAUGGGCAAGAGGAAUACGCAAGGAUCACCCUUGCAUCAGUAUUGCACACAUCUUGCUAUUGGCAGCAAUCAACAGUCAGCAUCAUCAACAACCUCUGUUGGUAAGUUUGUGUUGAAUUGA